AUGAACACCAACAUGAACCAGAUACUUCCCCAGCAAGCUAAUGUGGUCCAAAUGAUUGUCGACAACACGGGAGUUGCACAAAGACAACAGAUGAGUGACAUUGUUACAAAUUCUCAGCAAACCCAGUCCGGACCCAGCCAACCGCCACAGCCAACUCCGAACCAGCUGCCGCAGUCCCUACUCAGCAAGCCUCUUCAGCCCGCCGUAAGCCAGCCGUCAAAGAAUGGCCAGAAACCCAAGGGGCCAAAAUUGACCCCCAAAAACAUGGCCGCCAUCAACGAAGCUCAAGCUGCCGAGAGCUACAUCUCAAGCCCUAGCCCUGGCAACGUUAGGCUUGCCUUCUUUUGCGACGCCUCGAUGUCGACAAUCCACAACAACCAGCACCUGUACCUACCCGGCGGCCUGGGAGUUGUGUUCUGUCGGUAUGCGCCCAGGACGUAUAUGAACGGCGAUAUUGUGAGCAUGGGUUUUGCUGUCGGUGCUAUCAUCGACAACAACCUUGGGGAGGGACUUGCGAUCCUCUAA